AUGGACGCCGACGGGGUGGCCGUCAGCGCCGACUUCUACCUCCGACUCGCCGGCGAUGGCAACCGAAUGAUGCAAAAGCAGAUACCCGCUUGCAAUAUGUUUACUUAUUUCUUAUUCAAUGCAACACAAUGGGAGACUGAAGAUCGCAACCAUUUGGAGACAAUAGAAGAGCCGACCGAUAGACAAGAGAUGCCGUUGUAUUGGAGGCACAGGAGGGCGGAGACACCAGAACUGGAGGAAGAGGAUGACAGAGAAGGCAGUGGUUAUUGUGAACCCAUUGCCAGCACUAGUAGUUCUGGUGAUGAUAGUGUCGGCAAUGAGCGCCCAUUUGUGUGUUUAUAUCCCGAUUGUGGCAAACGAUUCACCCGUAAGUCAACUCUCAAUCGACACAAACGCCUGCAUUCGGGAGAAAAGCCAUUCAAAUGUGAUUACAGUGAUUGCGGUCAAUGUUUCGCACCAAAAAAUAUUUUAAAUCGACAUAAAAGUGUCGUUCAUUUGAAUGAAAAGAGAUUUCAAUUCGAUUAUAAGGGAUGUGGUCAGAGGUUUGAGAAGGAUAUGCAUUUAAAUCGUCACAAACGGGUCCACUCGGGAGAGAAGCCGUUUGUCUGCGAUGCAUGGAUUGUGACAAACGAUUCUCACAGAAAACCAAUUUAA